CACUUUCCUUCGCUCCUCCCCCGCCAGGUAUACAUGCUGCGGCUUGAGAGAGGACUCCAUUACAGACUCCAGACAGAACAGGUUCUUAUAGAAGAAGAGAAGCAGGAAGUUUCUUUGAAUUCCUCCUGAUCACGUUUCUCUAGUGAUUUGUCAGAAUCUCCACUAACGGAUCGAGUUUAUUUGGUUCAGGUUAUUUUUUUAAAGUUCCACAGCUCGUAGGGAGCAGCAGUUAGUGUCAGUUAGUGUCAGUUAGUGUCAGUUAGCAUCAUCCAUCUCUUCACUAUGAACCGUCCCUCGUCCAUGUUUACGAUGUUCUGGUUCAUUUCAACUUGUUGGAUUCUCUUUACCUUCACGCGUGCUGCAGCUGGAUCAGUUCUAAGAGACAGACAAGGACCAGAUGUCAACAAACUGUUUGUGACAGAAGGAAAUGAUGUCAUCCUGCCCUGCUCUCCACGACCCAACGUGAACAUUGAAGAAACAGUGUUCGACUGGAAGAGAAAUAACAAGGAGGUGUUCCUGUUCGAUAACAGCAACUACUUCGGAAACGGCCGAGCGGAUCAGGAUCAGGAUUUUAAAGGACGAGUUUCUCAUUUUGCUGAAGAGCUGAAGCACGGAAAGGCCUCCAUACUCCUCAGAGACACCAGGAUUACUGACAGUGGGAACUACACCUGCAUCUUUCCUCAUCUUGAGCCCGAGCAAACUUACAGGAUUGAGCUGGUUGUUGGUGCAGCUACAACUCCAUAUGUAAAGAUACGUAACGUCACAGGAGAUGGGGUGCUGCUGGAGUGUUUGGUUCCAGGUGCUCAUCCAGAGCCUCAGGUCGAGUGGCAGACGAGUGAUGGGAGUGUCGUCCCUGCUGAGGAACCACAGGUCUCUCCAAGAGGACACCGCUUUGAUGUCCUCCUCCUCACCACCGUGAAGAAGACCACUACCAACAUGUACCGCUGUGAGCUCCUUGUGCCAGACAAUCUCUUCGAGGACAAGUCCUCCACUUCUUCCAGCUGGCUCAUAGUUAUAAUAACUAUAAUAGUAACUCUGGUAAUUACACUUCUGGGUGGAUUUCUAGUAAAGAUCAUCAUGAACUGGGGGAGAAAAGCAAAGCAGAAAGGAUCAUCAACAGAAGUUCUCCCACUGAACGGUCAUCGGCUGAGUAACGGAUCCGGAUCUACAUAGACCACACUUCUGCAAUAAUGGUUGAUCCAUGAGUAUUUCCCCCAAAUUUGGAGACUUGAUUGUAUAUGUGUGAAUUAUAUUGUAUUUGAAAAGUUUGUAUUCACAAACCAAAAUUGGCUUGUGUUAUACCUCCUUGAGCUCCUUCCGGACUCAUGACUAGAGAAGUCUCGAUAUGAGAUGUUGGUGCCACGAUUACUGACAGAGGAAAUGUCACCGUUCGUCGAUUCUGACGAUGACCAGCGUCGGUGGUUGAUUACCAGUGGCUGCCCGCAUAUGGUUCUAAACACUACUACUUGUGUACCAUGCUGUGAACGGAUCAGGUCCAGUCUGCCACGAUUACUGACAGAGGAAAUGUCACCGUUCGUCGAUUCUGACGAUGACCAGCAUCGGUGGUUGAUUACCAGUGGCUGCCCGCAUAUGGUUCUAAACACUACUACUUGUGGACCAUGCUGUGAACGGAUCAUGUCCAGUCUACAUCCAGGACCUGGUCAAACGUUACACCCCAGCACGUUCGCUCCGCUGUGCUUCGGCUAAUUGGCUCGUUGCUCCCUCAAUGCGAGGGACAGCUGUCACUCAUCAAAAUUGAUGCUGAUUCAGUCGUGGCUCCUAAAUUGUGGAACCAGCUCCCCAUCGACAUCCGGACAUCUGAAAGUUUACACAUCUUCCGCCGAAAACUAAAAACGCACCUCUUCCGACUUUACCUUGAAUAAAAAAAAAAAAAAAAAACUCAUGAUUCUUGUCGUUCUGGGUCUGUACCCUCGGGGUUGAAUGCACUUAUUGUAACUCGCUUUGGAUAAAAGCGUCAGCUAAAUGAAAUGAAAUGUUUCAGUGGCUCACGCACAUAUUACGUGACUUUCGAGAGGCAGGACACCGUAGCCUUGAGCCUCAGUGUAGCUUUCCUUUUCUUGGGCCGCGGGGCGAUGUCGGUCGACGGUGCAGAAGGCGGGGACCGGUUGGAGGGGACAGGGUACGGCGGUUACUUAGUUACUUUUAAAAUCAAGUAAUCUGUAAAGUAACUAAGUUACUUUUUCAAAGUAACUGUGGCAACAAUGCUCAUGACACACGGAGCUUCUCCUUCCUCUUCUCCAUCCCUAUCCCCCUUCCCCGAGUCCCUUUGCUUUAUCACCCGCAGAUCCAGGGCCUCUGUGGCCGCACCAUGGAUUGCAGUUUGUGGAUCACGCAUCAGAGGUCGCAAUGGUGGAUCCAGUUUGGCGGAUUCUAUAUCGUGUGGGCUGAUCGUAGUGGUGAUGGCGGAUCCUGUGUCGCGUUGGCAUCAGAUACGGGCGGUGGACCAGGACCGCGGCGGCGGCUCAUGAUGGAUCCUAAUAAGCGGCAUGUACAAUGACUGUGGACUAAAGUGGAUCUGAUCUGGAUGGUGGAUCUGCUGAUCUGCUGGUUGCUGAACAUAAGACUAUAAUUGCAGCUGGACUGCUUGACAUAUCGUGUUGAAGUUAUCCUUCAAG